AUGUGCAUUGUGUCCUACAUGACUACUCUGACGAUGGUGGUUUCGUUGAAAUCCAAACGGCAGUGCACAAGAAUGCAAGGUCGGCUCAGAAAAAAAACCCAGCUUUUACCAAUCGUAAUCCCCGCUAGAGGUGUAGAUGGAGAGUGUUGGCCUCCAAAGGUUCUUGAAGCCUUCGCCAGAUGUGGUAUGGUCUUCAACGGGAUCAUCAAUGGGCCACUUUUUAGACCUCCAGCUUCUCCCGAUUGCAGUGAGCUCUGUGCAAGGGGCCUCACUUCAAGUGAAAGCACGCGGUUCCUGAGAAUGUUUUGUGGUGAACGACCAGUGCAGGCUUCCGAAGACGAACCAAAACUAUCAUCUUACUCAUUGAAGGCAACUUGCAUCUCUUGGGUUUCAAAGUUCGGCGUUGGGGCGUCCGACAAAGCAGUACUGGGGAGGCAUUCGAGCGUCGUGAACGAAAGCGCCGCUGUGUACUCUAGAGACCUUUCAGUCAGAUCAGUUUGCAUUCUUCAGAAUGUGAUCCUUGACAUUUUUUCUGGUGUGUUCACGCCAGAUUCCGCCAGGAGCGGCUAUUUUCGUCGGCAGCUUGCUAGUGUAAACCUUGUAGAUGAUCCAGCCGCAGACGUGCGCAAUGCUGAUGCGGUCGUUUCAGACCCUGUCAAGUGUGAGGUUGGUUGCAAAAUUAAUUGCGAACAACCGAACAAUGCUGAAUCGGAUAGCGAAGUCUUCUCCGAGACGACUGGAACGGAAUGUGAGCAGUCCAGUGAUCCUGAUGAGGACCCACUGGAGCUGGCAAGGCCAGCGAAAGCGGGCCGUGUUGAGCAACAAGAGGAAACGAAACCAAUGUUCUUUAAACACAGGACGUCAAAACUUAUGCUUGAGAGUUUAGAUGUAGCCAAGCAUAGUGGUUUAUAG